CAGCCACCCACCGCACAAACAGAACUGACCAACCCCACGCGCAGAAGGAUCCGGAGUUCCGGACGACGAGCGAGAGAGAGCACGGAACGAACUCGCCUCGGCCGGGCCGGUGCCCUCGACGACGACCUCUUCCUCCUCGGCUCCGCUGCCAGACAACCUCACCGCCGGCAGCGUUGGCGGGCCUUGUAGCGAGGAGGGGGUGUGGAGGCGCGGCGAUUGUUCGCGGGAUGAGCUUCGGCGGCAGCAGCUCCGUCGCGACCGGUGCGAAGAGGCCAUUCGAGUACGGGAGGACGCAUGUGGUGAGGCCAAAGGGCACGCACAAGGCCACCAUCGUCUGGCUUCACGGCCUCGGGGACAAUGGAGCCAGCUGGUCUCAACUAUUGGAAACUCUUCCUCUUCCUAAUAUAAAAUGGAUAUGCCCAACUGCUCCUACAAGACCUGUGUCAGUGUUUGGAGGGUUCCCCUCCACUGCAUGGUUUGAUGUUGCUGAUCUUUCAGAGGAUGCUCCUGAUGAUGUUGAGGGGAUGGAUGCCUCAGCAGCACAUGUUGCAAAUUUGUUGUCAACUGAACCCGCUGACAUCAAACUUGGCGUUGGUGGCUUUAGUAUGGGUGCUGCUACUGCUCUAUACUCUGCAACUUGCUUUGCUCAUGGAAAAUAUGGAAAUGCCAAUCCAUACCCUGUGAACCUAAGUUUGGCCGUCGGUCUUAGUGGCUGGCUUCCAUGUGCCAGGACCUUGAAGAACAGAAUUGAAUCCUCACCAGAGGCUGCACAAAGGGCUUCGUCCAUACCAAUUUUUCUAUGUCAUGGAAAAGCUGAUGAUGUAGUUCUCUACAAGCAUGGGGAGAGAUCUGCUGAUGCCUUGAAGGCAAAUGGAUUUUCCAAUGUGCUCUUCAAGUCAUACAAUAGUCUUGGGCACUACACUGUUCCGGAGGAGAUGGACGAAGUCUGCAAAUGGCUCACAGCAAAUUUGGAGCUCGGCACUUCACCGUCUUGAUUGGAAAAUGCUGCUGCUGCGGGAAAGACUCGGGGUAGUGGUGUCCAAAUAAUGCCUGUGUUUGUUCCUGGGAGUUAAAUGGUUUUAUUAAUAGCAAAUUUGGGCGGGUAUACGGCCAUGUUGUAGCUUUUCUUUGCGCAGACAUGUCUGCGAAUCCUGUACGCUUAUAAUUUCCACCUUCUGGUCUACGUUUAUUUGGUUGUGGCAGUAAUGAUGCGUGUUUAAAAUAUUCUGUUGUCCUAUUUGAUUCCUCAUUUCGAUAUCGAGGACUGCUUGUUGUAUA